ACGCCGAACAAAAACGAACUCAGUGACUCGUGAAUGGCGACGUUAUUACCGAUGUAUGUUGAAUUAACGAGCUAUCACAUGACUUUAGUCAUGCGUAGCGUAUACAGGUUCAGCAGCUACUGAAACUUACACUGUCUGUGAUCAUUAAGGACCGCCCCAGUGUGUUGACUGGUCUGUGUUGACUAAACAGCUCGACAUAGUGUGUAUUAGAUAGUGCUAUUUACGUUUGACCUGGCCGGUCAUACCCUCUUUGGAAACUCUGCAUACACACCUGUUAGACAGGUCCGCUGAAUUCACCGAUGGACUCAGUUGUACUACAUAUACAGACUGUGGAAACAUAAGGCAAUCCAUGAAUGGUCCACAACGCUGUCUCCUCCAGCAACUACAUCAUGUGGUGAACGUUGAUGAUGACGAUGGAGUUGCCCUCGGCUGACUGGGAGCUGAAUAUCCUCAUGUUGAGGAUAGGCCGUGAGCUGGACGACGAUGACUUCCAGUCCAUGAAAUUCCUUUGUUCAGGUCAGAGAGGAGUCCCGCAGGGCGUACUGGAAAGAUUGUCCACUCCCCAGAAGUUCUUCACAUAUCUGCGGGAACGCCGAAUGUUGUCACGUGACAACCUGUUGCUAUUGCAAGCGUUCCUGUGGCACGUGGGUCGCCUUGACCUUCACCAGAUGGCCAGUGACUAUGCACGGAAGGUGGGGAGCGUCCUGCACUUCUUCUCACCCGAUGGUCAACCAGAGUCGGGAUACGAAAACGUCAAGUUCCACGUGGAGGGUGACCUUGACAACUUCCAGAGACGUGAGCUGGAGGACCUCCGAGCCAAUGUAGCACGACUGUUGUUCAUCCCACCAGAGUUCGUGUUUGUGAGUGGCCUUGAACCUUCCAACAGCCUGUUGAUCACACUCAUGAUCAGCUCGUUCUGCGCAAAAACGCUCAGGGAUAUAGCGACCUCCGUUGAAGGAAGACAACUCCGAAAGCUUGGCGUCGAUACUCUAUAUUUUGGCGAAGAGGAGGUUAGGGUUCAAGACACGCCCCCUUUGACCCGGAAGUGCUCAAUACAGGAAGAAGAAAUGAUAGAGAUGUACAAACGGACUCAUGAACUGGAGGUCAGGGUCACACAGAUGGAAAUAUCAAGUGUUGAAGUCAAGGAAGAACAGGAGGAUAGAGAGAAUGAACUUAUCAACAUGCGAGCUAAAGAAACGUAUUUUCGAGGACUGCUGUGUGCUGCACUUGAUAGCAAGACCAGGGGACAAGCGUCGUCAGCACAGCCCGUACAGUCUAACUUACCUCUUUGUCUUGAAAAUGGUCGGUUUGUGAUUUAGUAUUCUUUAUAGCCAAUCGUGUGACGCGAUUGUUUACAAGGUGCUGUUGUAAAGCUGUUACAUGCGGCAUAAGAGAUCAAUCACUCUCCAGCGUGUGUGUUGUUUGGUUAGAACUAGGUCGGCUUAUAUAGUCGUAUCGUGUGUAAAGAGAUAGGGCGAUCCGUUUUCGUUAAAUUGGUCACUGCUGCCGAAGAACUGCAUGUUUAAAAAAGUGAUUUCUAAGAAAUACAGCACUAGGAGAAGAGCUGUCCAGGGUUGGGAAAAGGCAUUGCAAUACGGCGUCGUGAAUAUUAUGGCGCACAAAAGGGCUGUAUAGUAUGUGCUACGAUGUCGUAAGUCAUUAGAUGUAUUGCGAUGUCUUAAAGAUUACGGCGCACGUAAAAUGUCGUAUAUGGUGUUAGCUAUAACGUAAUUCAAACGAUGAGAAACGAUGUCGUUAAGAAUACAGUGCUCUACGUAGACGUCACGAAUCCCGUCUACAAUACUGCGUCGUCGUAAAGAUAACGGUUACCUCCACGUCGUAAAGACAAGUUGUACGGCGGCUCGUAAAGGAGACGAUGCCGCACGAUGUCCAAAUGUACGAAGAAUGAGUGUUUCUGUUGAAGAAACGGCUAUGUGAUGUCGCAAAGCUAAGUGAAUUAAAUUGUUUCUGUUUAAAACAAAACACAAAUACACUGUACCACACGUCCUCGCUUAGUGUUCAGGUGAACAAUUAACAUGCCUUUGCAUGUAUUUGUGACGGAUGAUGCCACCGUUUGGGAAGGAUACGCUCGCCUUUUCGCGAACACCUGGUGUCAUCACUGUUUGAUAGUGAUUCAUAAACACAUGCUCAUGAUGUGGUCGGAAUCGUAUACAAUGGACUUAGUAGAGAUUCCUUAUGAUGAUGGAAAUGUUUUUUUCUACUUUUAUUUAUGUGGGUCGAUAGGAAUCUAAAAAUGGUAAAAUAUAAUAUCAGUAUUUUUGAUUAACAUGGUUAUACAAUAAUUAAUCACUCAUUAAUCAGUCUCGUCAAUCCCAUACAGUGAUCGGCGUUCUCCGUGGUCAUCUGCCCGCGAGUACACAGCCCGUGUUUUGAUGCGAGACGAAUCGGCUGGUAGCUGCAUAUUAUAACGGCUGCAGAGAUAAACUUGCUUAACAAUAAACAAUUAAUGCUUUAAAUAAGAAAAGAGGAUUAACCACAUGCUUAGAUUAUCUCAAUCUCAUUAAAAUCAGAUACAAGUUCUUGCUAUCAACGAGGACAUCCCAUUACAGAACAAUUGCAACCUUUCGCGAACUAUGACCUACCAAUGAAAUGACUAACAGGAAGUCAACGUUAGCCACUUAGAAGGCAGCUUUCUUAGCUUGGUGGUACUAGUUUCAAAGUUGCGACUUCCAUUCCAGAAUUCUUUUAAAAGUAUGUUGAAUAAGUCAUACAGUCCGUAACAGUUGUUUUGUGUUGAGCUUUAGAGCUUGCAUGAUUAGAAAACAUAUUCCGGUGACAAUGUAA